AUGGCAUUGCCUAAAUUAACAUCAGAAAAUCGUUCAAGUUUAUUUAAUCUAAUUGGAAUAACAAGUGGUAUUAUUAUAGGUUUUUAUUUAAAAUAUUUUUAUAAAAAUAAAUCAUGGAAUAAUAGAGAACUAAUGCAAUUACAAUUUAUCGGUGAAUUAUUUUUACGAAGUGUUAAUUGUUUAAUUUUACCAUUAAUUAUUUCAAGUAUUGUUUGUGCAAGUUGUCGAGUUUGUAAAUCUAAAAAUAUUGGAUUAAUGGCAUUUUAUUAUUACACAACAACAACUGUUUUGGGAAUAACACUUUGUGUUGUUCUUGCACAAACAAUUCAACCUGGUAAAUUUUAUCAGAAUGAUGAAUUAUUAAAAAUUAAAUACAAUAAAAAAUUUAUUACUACUGAUAUUUUAUUGGAUCUGUUGAGAAACUUGGUGCCUGAUAAUUUAAUUGAAGCAUGCAUCAGUCAGUAUCAAACGAUUUUAAUUGAACCAGAAAAUAGCAAUAAAGAUAUUUAUCAGUGGAAUAUUUCACAUAGAUAUGGUGCUGGAACAAAUGUCCUGGGUGUAGUUAGCUUCAGUUUAUUGCUAGGAAUUUCGAUUGGCAAAAUGAAAGAAAAAGGAAAACCUCUUGAAGAAUUAUUUCAAUCACUUUCUGAUAUUGUCACAGAAAUAAUGAGCUGGCUAAUGACGCUCAUUCCAAUUGGUGUAUUAUUUUUAAUUCCAGGAAAAUUAUUAGAAACUCAAGAUAUUGGAAUAAUGUUAUCAAGAUUAGGAAUUUAUGUUUUAACUGUUUUACUUGGAUUAUUUAUUCAAGGUUUUAUAAUUUUACCAUUUGUUUAUUUUAUUUGUACAAAUAAAUCACCAAUUGAAAUAUUUAAAAAUAUUGGUCCAGCAAUUAUCACAGCAAUUGGAACAUCAUCUAGUACAGCAACAAUUCCAAUGACAUUAAAAUGUCUUGAUAAAAUUGGAGUUAAUAAAAAAGUAUCAAGAUUUGUUGUACCACUUGGAGCAACAAUAAACAUGGAUGGUAUUGCUUUGUAUGAGACAAUUGGUGCAAUAUUUAUCAUUCAACUUCGAGGUUUUGAUUAUUCAUUAAUGGGAAUAAUUUCAAUUGCAAUCAUGUGUACUGUUUCUUGUAUUGGAGCUGCUGGUUUACCAAGUGGUGGACAUGUCAUGUUAAUUGUUGUUCUUGAAUCAAUUGGAAUACCACCUGAAGAUGUUACAUUAAUCAUUACAAUUGAUUGUUUUGUAGAUAGAUUGAGGACAGCUGUGAAUAUAAUUGCUGAUGCACUUGGUGCAUCUUUAAUAUCUCAUUAUUGUCAUGAUGAAAUAUCAACAAUUGAAUUGAAUGAAUUUCAACAAUUACAAAUGCCAUUUGUUGAAUAAUUUAAAUAAUUAAUAUACAUUUAUUUAUAAUUAUAAUCGGAGAAAAUCGAAUAAUAUCGGACAAAAAUUUUCCCCGAGGGAUCCAAUGAUUUAGAUCUAAUCAGGCCAUUUUUUUUUCCCGGGAAAGCAUAAAUAAAAAACGUAAUAAUAAACAAUCCAAACAAUAUAUUUUCCAUCUUUAAAUUAUUGCGCUUGUAUUUGGAAAAAUAAAAAAUAAUUUUCGCCGCCUGGCGAUGAGUCCUGAAG